UGAAGACCAAAUAAUUGUUUGAUGGAAGAAGAGGUAGGGUCAUGGCCAAUGAUUGCGUUAAUUGAGAACCCAAUGCCAGAAACCAAUGAGUUCUAAUCAAAUAGACUUUCAUGUCCAGUAACAUGAGAACUGUUUUUCUCUUCUUCAACCUGUAUACUUGUUGGUUAUUGAUAUGCUCUUCUCAGUUGUGUUUAGCAGGAGAUACUUUGAGCGCUGGCAAGAAUAUUACCGGCGAUGAAACCAUUGUUUCAUCUCGAAAAGUAUUUGAACUAGGCUUUUUCACUCCCAGCAUCAAUGGUGGCGGUUUAGAAAGCUUCUUAGGCAUAUGGUAUCACAUACAAGAUAGGUCAAGAGAACAGCCACAAAAACCAACAGUAGUGUGGGUUGCUAACAGAGACAAACCUAUAGCUUUUAAUGCAACUGGAGUUUUCAAAAUAGCUGAGGAUGGGAAUCUUGUAGUUGAAGACACAUCCGGUAAUAACAAUACCUAUUGGUCAUCCAAUUUCAAGUCCAAAGUCAAAUUCUCUUCUAAUUCUUCACCAAAAAACAAGACAAUGAAACUUCUGGAUUCUGGGAACCUUGUGUUAUAUGAUGAUGAAAACAUGGUAGUGAAACUCUGGGAGAGCUUUGAAAAUCCUACUGACACAUUCCUACCAGGUAUGAAGAUGGAUAGGAAUCUAAAAUUAACUAGUUGGAAAGGUGACGAUGACCCAGGAAGCGGGAAUUUCAGUUUUAAGAUGGAACGAAUAGGGGACACCCGUUUCGUAAUCAUGAACAGAGACCAAAUUUAUUGGGAGAGCGAAGAGUACGGAACAUUGAAUUUCCAAGUAAAUAAUCAUGAAUCUGAAGACAUCAGCUCAGUGGUUUACAGCUUGUUGACCAACUUAAGCUUGCCUAUACUGAACAACACAAGGUUGCUCCUCAAUUCAACAGGUGUGAUACAAUGGGUGGACAAUUCCUUGCAAGGUGAAUCGUUGGUACGGUGGAAGCAGCCAAACACCAAAUGCUUAACAUAUAACGUUUGUGGAAACUUUGCUAGCUGUAACGACAAUGAUAAGGUAUGCAAAUGUUUACCUGGGUUCAACACCGAUUUGUUGACAGAUUCUUCUCUACCAGACAAGGCAGGUUGUACGAGGAGAAAAUCAGCACCGUGUACUACAAAUGAUACAGUGUUCUUGAACUUGAACAUGAUUAAAACAGGAAGGCCAGAUAUAAAGUUUGCUGUAGAAUAUGAAGAAAGUUGCAAAAACAAGUGCCUUGAGAUGUGUCCACAGUGCCAGGCCUACUCAUAUGCUCCACUUCCUACUGAUCGCCGGCGUACUUUUAAUCCUUCAAACUGUUGGAUCUGGACACACAAUUUAACUACUCUUAAAGAAGACUACACAAAUUGGGAUCCUAAUCGGAGACUCAUUGUCCUAGUUGAUAAAUCAGACAUAGCAACAACUCCAAGAACUUGUGAGCCUUGUGGUUCAAACCCAGUUCCUUAUCCUCUUAGUACCGGACCCAAUUGUGGAGACCCCACAUACUUCAACUUUAGAUGCAAUCCCUCGAUGGGUCAACUUAGCUUCACCAAUGAUACCACCAGCAACAACAUCAGUGUUAAUUACAGAGUUAUUCGUGUAGCGCCAAGUUCAAAAACGUUUACCAUUUAUAAUGAGGAUAAUACUUUUAAUCAAUAUUGUGGAGAAGGGUCUCAAUACAAAGGAAGUCUUAAGAUUUCUCCACCAUUUCGCAUUUCCAGUGACAAUCUGUGCUAUGAACAGGUGGUAAUUAGUUGGAAUCCGCCUUCGGAAGAACCCAUUUGUGAUAACUCUGCUGAUUGCCAUGGUUGGAACCAUUCUACCUGUAGUAAAGGAAACAGGUGUCUUUGCAAUGCAAACUAUUAUUGGAGUGGCGAGUCUUUAAAUUGUACAGAAAUGCUUAAAUCGUCAACAGGAGGGAAAUCUAAAAGCUCAUUCUAUUUGAUUCUUGGAUUAGUUCUUACCGGUACGGUUACUCUUGCCUGCAUCAUUGUUUUUGCUUAUGCAUGCAGAAGAAGAAUAGCUCAUAUGAUUAAGAAAGAUAGCGAAAACGUACAAAGAAAUACUAGAGGGCGAUUUUACGACAGUGAAAGACAUGUGAAAGACUUGAUAGACAUGGAGGGAUUGGAAGAGAAUGAUAAUGAGGGAAUUGAAGUUCCCUUUUUUGAUUUUGAGAGCAUACUAAUAGCCACAGAUGAGUUUUCAGAUGUAAAUAAACUUGGAAAAGGUGGCUUUGGGCCAGUUUACAAGGGUAAGCUUGGUGGUCAAGAAAUUGCCGUAAAGAGACUUUCGAGUGUUUCGUCACAAGGCUUACAGGAAUUUAAGAAUGAAGUUGUUUUAAUUGCCAAACUUCAACAUCGAAAUCUUGUUAAACUACGGGGCUACUGCGUAAAAGGAGUAGAAAAAAUUCUACUUUAUGAAUAUUUGCCUAACAAGAGCUUGGACUUAUUGAUAUUCGAUCCAACAAAGAGCGUAAUUUUAGAUUGGCAAAUGCGGUUUGAUAUAGUUCUCGGAAUCGCACGUGGACUGCUCUAUCUUCAUCAAGAUUCAAGACUUAGAGUUAUUCAUCGAGAUUUGAAAACCAGCAACAUUCUUCUGGAUGAAGAUAUGCAACCUAAAAUAUCAGAUUUUGGACUAGCAAGAAUAUUUGGAGGCAAAGAAACUGAAGCGAGCACAGAAAGGGUUGUUGGUACAUAUGGAUAUAUGUCUCCUGAAUAUGCGUUGGAUGGAUAUUUCUCAACAAAGUCAGAUGUUUUUAGUUUUGGUGUUGUCUUGCUUGAAAUCAUAAGUGGAAAAAGGAACACUGGAUUCUAUCGGUCUAAAGAAAUUUCAAGUCUUCUUGGUUAUGCUUGGAGAUUAUGGAGAGAGGAAAAAUUGCAAGAUUUAAUCGACCCAUCUCUACAUGAUUCUUACAAUGAGAAUCAAUUUCUCAGGUGUUCUCAAAUAGGACUGUCAUGUGUACAAGAUGAACCAGAUGAUCGUCCACACAUGUCAAAUGUGGUGACCAUGCUAGACAAUGAAACUACAAUUCUUUCAAUUCCUAAACAACCAACUUUUUUUACACGUAAAGACAUAUCAAGCACAGCUUCUUCAAGUCAACAGUAUGAUGCUACCAUUCAAGAAGGUCGAUAAAAGAUAUAACAUGGCUCCAGUUGGAUUCCUAAGAAUCAAAAAAUUGGUUUCAAGUGAUCAUUAGCAAAAUGGAUGUAGGGGAAUAUAGGAUGUAUAAAUAUCAUUUUUGUCUAUUUAUUGUUUUAAUUUUAUAUUAUUUCCUUAGUUAAACUUGUGUAAUUUAGGGCACAAUUGCAUUGGCAAUUAUCUUGCAUCCAUAACAAACAUUAUUGGAAAUGAAUUGUUAGCAUUAUUUCAUUUUGGAUCUUGAUAUCA